AGGAUUCCUCAUGAUUUCCCAACUCGCGCUCCUGCUGAUCGGCGGCGCCUCUGCGCUGCAGCUUCACAACGUUCGUCGGCCAGCUCAGAGUGUGCACCGUCUGCGCGGCGGCGCUCCCGUGGCGGCGCAGCCCGGCGUCGCCAUCGUCGUGGACGCCGAGAUUGUUCCCGACCGGGUCGAUGAGUUUAUCAAAGUCAUCGAGGCGGAUGCGAAAGGUAGCCGGGGGGAGCCGGGGUGCCUUCGGUUCGACGUGCUCCGCGCUUCAGACACGCGCUUCUUCUUCUACGAGGCCUAUGUCGACGCUGCGGCCGUUGAUACCCACAAGGCGCAGCCGCACUUCAAGCUCUGGUCCGACUUCAAGGCAUCUGGGGGAUGCACGAGUGUGUCGGUAAAGGCCGUGCCGCUGGGGGAGUGGGGGUUCCAGUAGAGACCCAGCCUCACGGCCUCAUAGCCUAGUGGAGGCGGCGUCUGCGGCAGUGAAAAACGUGUAUUUG